UCGGCUCAUUUAACAGAAGAAUUUCCUUUGACAUUUCUAGAUUACGCAGCUCGACACUGGUUCUCUGCUGACUUACUGAGUGUGCAGCGAGGCAGUCACAGCCUUCAUUUGUCGCAAUGUCUGAGUUUAUUUUAGCUUUGGUAACAAUAUCAGGAUUAUUCCCCAUCACCAAGGCUGUGUCAGUUCUAGUUGAUAAAGAACACAAAGCAUGUGGACCUGCCGAAUUUCUCUGCUAUGACCAGAUGACCUGCAUCUCAUUGAACUGGCUUUGCGAUGGUGAACCAGAUUGUUCGGAUGAUUCAGAUGAGUCUCUUGAUCAGUGCACUGGACACCUAGAAUUUACAUGUCCUGUGAAUCACUUUGACUGCAUUGGGACAAGACGAUGUAUUCACAUGAGCAAACUCUGCAAUGGCGUCAAUGACUGUCUAGAUGGACUUGAUGAAGGAUCCUAUUGUCAAGAACUUUCACCUACAUGUAACCAAGCCAAUUGUCAGUAUCGAUGUGCAGUCACAAGAACUGGCGCAACUUGUUACUGCAGCGAUGGUUUUCAAGUAGCACAAGACGGGAAAAGUUGUGAAGAUUUUGAUGAAUGCAGUGUUUAUGGAACUUGUAGUCAGAUAUGCAUGAACAACAAUGGAUCCUACACAUGUGGCUGUGUGGAAGGCUACUUGAUACAGCCAGACAACAAAAUUUGCAAGGCCAAAAUUGAACCCUUUGAUCGACAACCUGUACUUUUGAUUGCCAAUGUUAAAAGUAUUGUGGUGACCAGUUUGAAUGGAUCAAGUGUUCCUGCUCAGAAUUCUGUCACUGCUAAUGGAAUCAUUGCUCUGGAUUUUAUUUAUGAUGAGGAACUGGUCUGCUGGAUAAUAGCUGAAGAAAUGUCUACUCAUGCUGAACUGAAGUGUGCCAAGUUGACACCGCUGAAUGGAUUUACUGAAGAGAGAGUCAUCAAUAUUUCACACAGCCUCCACAAUGUGGAACAAAUGGCUAUAGACUGGCUUACUGGAAACUAUUACUUUGUGGAUGAUGUCAGUGACCGAAUAUUUGUGUGCGAUCAAAAUGGUGGUACUUGUAUCACACUACUAGAUCUGGAGUUACACAAUCCCAAAGGAAUUUCCCUUGAUCCAGCCAUGGGGAAGCUAUUCUUCACUGAUUAUGGAGAUGUUGCCAAAAUUGAAAAAUGUGACAUGGAUGGACAAAGCAGAUCCAGGAUUGUGGACAGUAAAAUAGAACAGCCGUAUGCCAUCACACUCGAUUUAGUAAACAAAUUGGUCUACUGGGCAGAUGUUUAUCUCGAUUACAUCGAAGUGGUGGAUUAUGAAGGGAGGAAUAGACAUACAAUUAUUCAUGGGCGUGAUGUUCGACAUCUUUACAGUUUGGCAGUGUUUGAAAACUUCAUUUAUGCCAUCAAUUUAGAUAACUUCACUGCUAAAUACAAAUUAAGCAUCACUAAAAUAAACAGAUUCAAUGGUACAGACAUGGAAACGCUUGCAAAACUAGAGAAUGGCAGAGUUCUACACGUCUACCACAAACUAAAGCAACCACCAGUGAGAAGUCAUGCUUGUGAGCUGGAUCUGUAUAAUAAACCAGGAGGAUGCACUCACAUCUGCCUACUCAGCAGCAGUCACAAAGCAAGAACAUGUCGUUGCAGUACUGGCUAUGCCUUAGGGAAUGAUGGAAAGUCUUGUAAAAAACCAAAGAAUGAACUGUUCCUGUUUUAUGGAAAAGGACGUCCGGGAAUAAUUCGAGGAAUGGAUAUGAAUACAAAAGCAGUUGAUGAAUAUAUGAUACAAGUAGAAAACCUUGUCAAUCCACGAGCUCUUGAUUUCCAUGCAGAAACAAAUUAUAUCUACUUUGCUGACACGACCAGCUUCUUAAUUGGACGACAGAAAAUCGAUGGCACAGGGCGAGAGACAAUCCUAAAAGAUGGUGUAGAUAAUGUUGAAGGCAUUGCUGUGGAUUGGAUUGGGAAUAACUUGUAUUGGACAGAUGAUAGUUAUAAGAAGUCUAUAAGCGUGGCAAGACUGGAGAAGGCUUCUCAGACCAGGAAGACAUUGGUAGAAGGUGAAAUGUCACAUCCAAGAGCCAUCGUUCUGGAUCCAAUGCGUGGAUGGAUGUACUGGACAGAUUGGGAAGAGGAAGAAAUAGACAACAUGACAGGAAGAAUUGAAAAAGCAUGGAUGGAUGGUUCCAAUCGACAGCUCUUUGUGACAACAAUGAUGCUAUGGCCUAAUGGUUUAACCCUAGACUACAUCAAUGGAAUACUGUAUUGGUGCGAUGCAUACUAUGAUCACAUUGAGAGGAUUUUUUUAAAUGGCACAGAUAGAAUGAUAGUAUAUGGUGGCAAAGAAGUGAAUCACCCCUUUGGAUUGUCACAUUAUGGAAAAUUAAUUUUCUGGACUGAGUAUACAAAUGGAACAAUUUUUCAAUUGGAUUUAAUAUCAAGGAAUGUUUCAUUACUUCGAAAAGAAAGGCCACCAUUAUUUGGACUGAAGAUCUACAAUGCUCAGCAACAACAACAACGACAAGCUGAUAAUUUGACUCGUGGGAACAAUGGUGGAUGCAGUAGCCUGUGUUUGAUAAUCCCUGGUGGAAGAGUUUGUGCUUGUGCUGAUGGUCAAUAUUUGGAUAAGGACAACAUUACCUGCAAAUUAAAACCUGGCCCUCCCACUCUCCAACAGUGCCAUUUUGGAGAGUUCGCUUGUCGAAAUGGAAGAUGCAUUCAGGAGCGCUGGAAAUGUGAUGGUGAUAAUGAUUGCUUUGAUGGCACUGAUGAAGACCAAGACAUCUGCUACAACAGUACAUGCCCUGUUAAUCACUUCAGAUGCCAAAAUAAUCGUUGCAUUCCUAAAAGGUGGCUGUGCGAUGGAGCUAAUGAUUGUGUCAACAGCGAGGAUGAAUCAAAUGAAACUUGUUCAGGGAAGACUUGCCAACCCAAUCAGUUUUCUUGUACCUCUGGACGUUGCAUCCCAAUGUCAUGGGUGUGUGAUUUAGAAGAUGACUGUGGAGAUCGAUCAGAUGAAGCUGUAUCAUGCGCGUUUCCUACCUGUGCUCCUCUAACUCAGUUCACUUGUAAUAAUGGAAGAUGCAUCACAAUUAAAUGGCGUUGUGAUUCAGAUGAUGACUGUGGGGACAGCAGUGAUGAGGUGGGUUGUUCUCCUUCCUGUACCAACACUCAAUUCAAAUGUAACAAUGGCCGGUGUGUUCCUGAGCACUGGAUCUGUGAUGGAGACAAUGACUGCGGGGAUUUUAGCGAUGAAACCCAUGCCAAUUGUACAGAACCAGCCACAAGGUCACCUGGUGGUUGUCACAGAAAACAAUUUCAGUGUUAUUUGGAUGGCAACUGUGUUCCACAACGAUGGCACUGUGAUGGGGAUUGGGACUGUGAAGAUGGCAGUGAUGAAAGCAGCUGUGAAGGAAGCAUAAGAACGUGUGACUCUCAUUUUGAGUUGAAAUGCAAAGACUCAGGACGAUGCAUCAAUAUGACAUGGGUCUGUGAUGGGGAAAGUGACUGUGAAGAUCACUCAGAUGAAGAAAACUGUGGAGCAUUUGGUUGCAAGCCACCAACCUACCCUUGUGCUGGAAAUACAUCAAUUUGCCUUUUGUUGGACAAGUUCUGCAAUGGGAAAGAAGAAUGUCCAAAUGGUGCCGAUGAGAGCGCACUUUGUGAUGAGUGCUUUCUGAACAAUGGAGGAUGCAGUCACCAUUGCACUUUUGUAACAGGGGAAGGCCUCGUCUGCUCUUGCCCAACAGGAAUGCACUUAAGCUCAGACAAAAAAACCUGCAUUGUCCUCGAUUACUGUAGAAAACAUCUCCGGUGCAGCCAAAUAUGUGAGCAACACAAGAAGACAAUUAAGUGCUCAUGUUAUGAGGGAUGGCUACUUGCACCUAAUGGUGAUAGUUGCAUUAGCUUAGAUCCUAUUGAGCCAUACAUAAUUUUUUCUAUUCGGCAUGAGAUUCGAAGACUAGAUCUUCACAAGCAAGACUACAAUUUAUUAGUCCCUGGCUUGAGGAACACAAUAGCAAUUGAUUUCCAUUUCAAUCAGAGUUCUCUCUACUGGACUGAUGUUGUGGAAGAUAAAAUUUACAAAGGAAAGCUGUCAAAAGUUGGAGCUGUAAGCAGUGUGGAAGUUAUCGUACAGCAUGGUCUAGACACUCCUGAAGGGUUAGCUGUGGACUGGAUUGCGGGAAAUAUCUACUGGAUAGACAGCAAAAUGGAACAGAUUGAAGUGGCAAAACUGGAUGGCAGCAUGAGGACUACCUUAAUCGCGGGUUCUAUGGUGUAUCCACGGGCCAUAGCUUUGGAUCCUCGAUAUGGAAUUCUUUUUUGGACAGAUUGGGAUUCUAGUUUCCCACGUAUUGAGGCUGCGUCAAUGAGUGGAGCUGGACGGAAAACAAUCUACAAAGCUCUAGGAACUGGUGGCUGGCUUAAUGGACUAACAGUGGAUUACCUUGAGAACCGAAUUGUUUGGAUUGAUGCUAUGUCAGAUGGUAUAUAUUCAGCAUUAUAUGAUGGCACAGAAUUGAUAGAAGUCCUGCGUCAUCAUGAAUACCUUUCGCAUCCAUUUGCUAUAACAGUGUAUGGAGGUGAUAUCUAUUGGACUGACUGGAAGACUAACACCCUACUGAAAGCCAACAAAUGGACUGGCCACAAUGUUAUUGUCAUACAGAGAACCAGUGCAAGACCAUAUGACCUUCAGAUUUACCAUCAAACAAGACAGCCACAAGCACCAAAUCCUUGUGAGUCUAAUAAUGGCAAAGGGCCAUGUUCUCAUUUGUGCCUGAUUAAUUACAAUGGAACUGCUGCAUGUGCAUGUCCUCAUCUAAUGAAACUGGCCCCUGAUGCAAAGAACUGUUAUGAACAAAAGGAGUUUUUUAUUUAUUCAAGAAAUUCAGAGAUCCGUGGAGUUGAUGUUGAUAAUCCAUACUACAAUUACAUAACACCAUUUACUGAUCCUGAUGUCAGUCAAGUUAAAACAAUUGAUUUUGAUGCUUUCGAAGAACGAAUUUAUUGGUCUGAUUUAAAGCCACGAUUUAUAAAGCGCGCCUUCAUAAAUGGCACAGGGAUAGAAACUGUCAUCUCAGCAGACUUAGCAUACGCUCAUGCACUUGCAGUGGACUGGGUUUCCAGAAAUAUAUACUGGACAAGUUCUGAUUUAGAGGUGUCUCAAAUGAAUGUUGCACGUUUAAAUGGAUCCCUACGGACUUCUAUCAUCCAUGGACUUGAUCAUCCACAGUGUUUAAUAGUGCAUCCACUAAAAGGAAAGCUCUAUUGGACUGAUGGGAACAAUAUCAGUUCAGCAAACAUGGAUGGCAACAACAUCAAGAAUCUUUUUUCGAAUCAAAGAGAGCCUGUUGGUCUUUCGAUUGAUUAUGCUGAAAAUAAACUGUACUGGAUUAAUUCUGGAACUGGAAUCAUAAGCAGAUGUAACCUGGAAGGUGGUCAUUUAGAAGUGAUCAGUUCGAUGGCACAAUACUUAUCCAAAGCAACAGCCCUUGCUAUUAUGGGAGACAAGCUAUGGUGGGCAGAUCAAGCAUCUGGAUGGAUUGGAAUCUGCAAUAAAAUGGAUGGUUCAGAGCCUGUCGUCAUGCGGAAAAAUAUUGCAAAUGUAUUGCAUAUGAAAGUCUAUGGGAAAGAGAUGCAGCAAGGUACUAAUCUGUGUAGUGUGAACAAUGGUGGAUGCUCUCAGCUCUGCUUGCCAGUCUCAGAAACAAGGAAAACAUGCAAGUGCACGAUGGGAUAUCAGUUACGCAGUGAUAAAAUGUCAUGUGAAGGUUUUGAAUCUUUCCUGAUGUAUUCUCUUCAUGAAGAAAUCAGAGGAAUAUCACUUGAACCCAAUGAUAAAUCAGAUGCCUUGCUGCCAAUAUCUGGGACAUCGCUUACAGUAGGAAUAGACUUUCAUGCAGAGAAUGAUACAAUCUAUUGGACAGAUAUGGGAAGGAGUACAAUUAGCAGAGCUAAACGAGACCAGACCUGGAGGGAUGAUAUUAUCACAAAUGGUCUUGGACGGGUUGAAGGCAUAGCAGUUGAUUGGAUAGCUGGUAAUAUAUAUUGGUCAGAUUAUGGCUUCAAUAUAAUAGAAGUUGCAAGAUUUAAUGGCUCUUUUCGCUAUGUGGUCAUCUCCCAAGGGCUUGAUCAGCCACGUGCAAUAGCUGUCCAUCCAGAGAAAGGAUUCAUGUUCUGGACAGAAUGGGGGCGGAAGCCUUGUAUUGGUAGAGCACGUUUGGAUGGAUCAGAACAAAUUGUCCUCGUGAGCUCCAAUAUUGCUUGGCCAAAUGGGAUAUCAAUUGACUAUGAGGAAAAUACACUAUACUGGUGUGAUGCCCGUACAGACAAGAUAGAGAGAGUUGACCUUGAAACUGGAGAAAACCGAGAAAUUGUGCUGUCAGGCAACAACAUGGAUAUGUUUUCAGUUGCAGUCUUUGGGGUUUACAUCUUCUGGUCUGACAGAGCACACGCCAAUGGGUCCAUCAAAAGAGGGCACAAAAACAAUGCUACUGAUGCUGUUACCGUGAGAACCCAUCUUGGAGUAAACCUGAAGGGUGUGAAGGUUUUCAACCGAGCCAGGGAGAAAGGUACCAAUAUUUGUGCAGAGAAUAAUGGUGGAUGCCAGCAUCUUUGCUUGUACCGUGGAAAGGGUCAAAAAACCUGUGCAUGUUCAUACAGUGUCCUUGCUGUGGAUGCAACGAGCUGUCAUGAUUAUGAUGGGUACUUGAUCUAUUCGGAGAGAACAAUACUGAAGAGCAUCCACCUUACAGAUGAAACCAAUUUAAACCCUCCAAUAAGACCAUAUGAAAAACCGGAAUACUUCAAAAAUGUGAUUGCCUUGACUUUUGAUUACCGGCAAAAUUCAAAGGGCUCAAAUCGAAUAUUUAUGAGUGAUGUUCACUUUGGAAAUAUCCAGCUAAUCAACGAUGACUGGACAGGCAGAAGAGUAAUUGUGGAGAAUGUAGGUUCAGUUGAGGGUCUGGCAUAUCACAAAGCCUGGGAUACACUUUACUGGACAAGUUCUACAACAUCAACUAUUACAAGACAUACUAUUGAUCAAAACAGGUUUGGAGCUUUCAACCAAGAAAUCAUUGUUGCAAUGUCUCCUAAUGACCAUCCUCAUGUACUUGCAUUGGAUGAGUGCCACAACUUAAUGUUCUGGACGAACUGGAAUGAACAACACCCAAGUAUAAUGAAAGCAACCUUGUCUGGAGGAAAUGUUCAAAUCAUUGUCAGCACAGACAUUUUCACACCAAAUGGACUGACAAUUGAUCAUAAAGCAGAGAAACUGUAUUUCUCCGAUGGCUCUGUUGGACGAAUUGAAAGGUGUGAAUAUGAUGGGACACAGCGAUAUGUAGUUCUGAAAUCAGGACCAGGCACUUUCUUUGGCUUAGCUAUUUAUGGUGAUUACAUCUUCUGGACAGACUGGAUGCAGAGAUCUGUAAUGCGUUGUGAUAAGUACACAGGAGGAGAUGUUAAAGUGCUACGCUCGGAUACCACACAUCAACCUAUGGGAAUUAUGGUUGUAUCUAAUGAUACCAACAACUGUGAACUGUCUCCAUGCAAGAUAAUGAAUGGGGGUUGCCAUGACCUUUGUUUGUUGACUGCCGAUGGCCAAGUCAAUUGUUCUUGUAGGGGAGAACGAAUACUGUUGGAUGACAACAGAUGUGUUCCCGCAAACUCAUCUUGCAAUAUUCACACUGAAUUUGAAUGUGGGAACAAAGAUUGUAUUGGAUACCACUUGACAUGUGAUGGAAUUGUUCACUGCAAAGAUAAAUCAGAUGAAAAGCAAUCAUAUUGUGCAAACAGGAGUUGUCGAAAAGGCUUUAAGCAUUGCUACAAUGGCCGCUGUGUGUCCAAUGCAAAGUGGUGUGAUGGUGUUGAUGAUUGUGCUGACAACUCAGAUGAAGUAUCUUGCAAUAAUUCUACAUGCACCACAGCUGAGUUUCGUUGCAGAGAUGGUACUUGCAUUGUCAAAUCAGCACAAUGUAACCAGGUGAUAGAUUGUAUGGAUGCUUCUGAUGAAACAGAUUGUGGCAACUCAGACUGUGCUAGUUUCUAUAGAGUUGGAGUCAAGGAGACAAAUUUUAUAAAAUGCAAUAGCACUUCUCUUUGCAUCCUCCCAUCAUGGAUUUGUGAUGGUUCCAAUGAUUGUGGUGACUACACAGAUGAAUUAAAUUGCCAAGCUCACCACAAACUCAAAUGCAAAGAACACUACUUUGCAUGCCCAAAUGGACGAUGUAUUCCAGCUUUUUGGAUAUGUGAUAAGGAAGAGGAUUGUGAAGAUGGAGCAGAUGAAUCCCAUUGUGAUUCUUUCUGUACAUGGGAUCAGUUUGAAUGCCCAAAUCACAAAUGCAUCUCUAACCAUUGGGUCUGUGAUGGUACGGAUGAUUGUAGGGAUGGUGCUGAUGAAGCACUUUCGCUCUGUGGUUCAGUCACUUGUGCUCCUGAUUUGUUCCCAUGUCCCAACUCUUAUGUUUGUCUCCCAAAACAUUGGCUGUGUGAUGGUGAUAAAGACUGUCCAGAUGGAAGUGAUGAGCUCUCCACAGCUGGUUGCACACACAACAGCACAUGUGAUAACAAAGCUUUCAUGUGUCAGAACAACUUGUGUGUUCCACAACAUUUUGUCUGUGACCAUGAUGAUGAUUGUGGAGAUGGAUCUGAUGAGCCACCAGAAUGCGUGUACAAAUCCUGUGGCCCCCAAGAAUUCCAUUGCACGGAUGGAAGAUGCCUUAUCAGUGUAGAUUGGGAAUGUGAUGGGGACUUUGAUUGUCUUGACUAUUCAGAUGAAGCACCUAAAAAUUUAAAGUGCCUAACAGGCAAAAUCUGCAGUGAUUCUUCCUUUUUGUGUAAAAAUGGAAGAUGUAUAAAUGACACCUUUAUUUGUAAUAAGCAUAAUGACUGUGAAGAUGGAUCAGAUGAAAGAAAUUGUUUUGUUAAUGAAUGUGCUAAUAAGCGAAUUAGUGGAUGUUCACAAGAUUGCCAGGAUCUGAAAAUUGGGUACAAGUGCAAAUGCUGGCCAGGUUUCAGACUGAAAGAUGAUGGCAAAACCUGCCUUGACAUUGAUGAAUGUUCAACCACCUUCCCCUGUAGCCAGCAAUGUAUCAAUACCUAUGGAACCUACAAGUGUUUGUGUGCAGAAGGCUAUGAAAUACGAGCAGAUAAUCCCAAUAGCUGCAAAGCCUUAUCAGCUGAGGAACCAUUUUUAAUGUUUGCUGAUCGACAUGAAAUCAGAAAAAUGAGUAUAGAUGGAUUCAACUACACUUUAUUAAAGCAGGGGCUGAAUAAUGUUCAUGCAAUAGAUUUUGACUACAGGGAAAAAUGUAUUUACUGGGCUGAUUUCACUACACAAGGCAGUACAAUAUCAAGGAUCCAUUUGAAUGGAAGUAAUACUGAGGUGGUGCACCAUACAGGACAAGCUAUUCCAGAUGGAUUGACUGUUGAUUGGAUUGGCAAAAAUCUAUAUUGGUGUGACAAAACAAAGCUGACUAUUGAAGUCUCAAAACUUAAUGGGCUUUAUCAGACAGUCCUUGUCAACACAGGAUUGAAGAUCCCUAAACACCUCGUGAUAGAUCCUCGCAUGGGAUAUUUAUACUGGACUGACCAUGGCGAUUACCCACAUAUUGGCCGUGUAGGAAUGGAUGGAACUAAUCAAAAUAUUGUCAUAGACACAAAAAUCUCAAAGCCAAGUGGUCUCUGUCUGGAUUAUGUGAAUAACAGGCUGUACUGGGCUGAUGAUGAACAAGGUUCUAUCGAAUUUGCUGACCUGGAUGGAUCCAAAAGACAUAGAGUUCAGAACCAAGAUAUCCCACAUGUUUUAGCAGUGACAUUAUUUGAAGACUACAUUUACUGGACAGAUUGGAAAACUAAGUCAGUCAGCCGUGCUCAUAAAACCACAGGUUUAAACAAGAUGUCACUAAUCAGCUCCUGGCAUCAGAUAAUGGAUAUCCAUGUGUAUCAUCCUCACAGACAACCAGAUGUGCCUGGUCACCCAUGCAAAGUCAAUAAUGGAGGUUGCAGCAAUUUAUGUUUGCUGUCACCUGGAGGAAAAUACAAAUGUGCCUGCCCGACAAACUUCUACCUUGCUGCUGAUGGCAGGACUUGCCUUUCCAACUGUACUGCAAGCCAGUUUGUCUGCAGCAACGACAAAUGUAUUCCAUUCUGGUGGAAAUGUGACACAGAAGAUGACUGUGGAGAUGGAUCAGACGAACCUGAAUACUGCCCUGAAUUUAAAUGCAGACCAGGUCAGUUUCAGUGUGGCACAGGAAUAUGCACUAAACCUGCCUUCAUCUGUGAUGGUGAGAAUGACUGUGGAGAUAAUUCAGAUGAGGCAAACUGUGAGACACAUGUUUGCCUCCCAAGUCAGUUUAAGUGUUCACAGAAGAAACGGUGCAUUCCAAUCAUCUUCAGAUGUAAUGGUCAAGACAACUGCGGUGAUGGAGAAGACGAAAGUGAUUGCCCUGAAGUUACCUGUUCUCCAAACCAGUUCCAGUGUGCUGUAACCAAACGUUGCAUUCCUGAAGAAUGGGUCUGUGACAAGGACCAUGACUGUGCAGAUGGCUCUGAUGAAUCAAAUUGCACUCAAAUUGCAUGUGGCACAGAUGAUUUCCACUGUAAAGACACGAGCAGAUGUGUUCCUGCACGUUGGAAAUGUGAUGGAGAGGAUGACUGUGGAGAUGGUUCUGAUGAGCCAAAAGAAGAAUGCGAUGAAAGAACUUGUGAACCAUAUCAGUUCCGGUGCAAGAACAAUCGCUGUGUACCUGGGCAUUGGCAGUGUGACUAUGAUAAUGACUGUGGAGAUAACUCAGAUGAAGAAUCAUGUGCACUUCGCUCCUGCUCGAUGAAUGAGUUUACCUGUGCAAAUGGUCGUUGUGUUGCAGCCAGAUGGAGAUGCGAUGGAGAUUAUGAUUGCUCUGAUAGUUCAGAUGAAAAAGACUGCGUUAUUAAAUGUAAAGAAGAUCAAUUCCAGUGUAAGCAUGGACACUGUAUUCCUGUCAGGUGGCAUUGUGAUGGGGAGACUGAUUGUCUCGAUGGCAGUGAUGAAGAAACCUGUGAACAAGUGAAAACAACCUGCAACAUAGAUGAAUUCCAAUGUAACAAUACACUUUGUAAACUUCGAUCCUGGCUGUGUGAUGGAGAGGAUGACUGUGGAGAUAACUCAGAUGAGAACCCAGAAACAUGUGUAAAGUUCCAGUGUCCACCCACAAGAUCAUUCAGAUGCAAGAAUGGGAGAGUGUGUUUGCAACCUGAGCAAGUUUGUGAUGAAGUGAAUAACUGUGGUGACAACUCUGAUGAAGUGGAUUGUGGAAAGCAAAUUCAAAGGGCUUGUGGAAAGGAUGAGUUUACAUGCAGCAACGGGAAGUGUAUCCCUGUGGAACUGCAAUGUGACAUGUUCAACGACUGUGUGGAUGGUGGGUCUGAUGAACAGGACUGUACUAGAAAUUAUAAUGAAUUUAAUUGUGAUCAUGAAACAAAUCCCUGUGGGAUUGACGCCUAUUGCAACAGAACAACAUUUUCACUUUUCUGUGAGUGUCGGCCUGGCUUUCAAAGGAACAAAGCCUCAAAGCAGUGUGAAGAUAUUAAUGAGUGCCUUCAAUUUGGAACUUGCUCGCAAUACUGCAAUAACACAAAAGGAUCAUACUUGUGUGCCUGUGGAAAGAACUACAGAAAAGCUUACAACCACAGUUGCAAAACAGAAGGUUCAGAACAUCAAGUGCUCUACAUUGCAACCAGAAAUGAAAUCCGCAGUAUAUAUCCAUUUGACCCUAACUCAGCCUAUGAACAAGUGUUUCAAGGAGACGAGACUGUCAAAAUUAGUAUGAUGGAUGUAUAUAUUAAAGGCAGAAAGAUCUUCUGGACCAACGAGUACACCGGCAAAAUUUCCUACUUAGACAUCUCAGACAGACGGGAGAGACAGACAAGUGAUGCUACAGAUUUGAAUAUUCCUGGCUUCCAAGCACCACAGGGCAUCGCAGUUGACUGGGUUGCUGAGAAUAUCUAUUGGACUGAUUCUUUCCGAAAUGUCAUCUACGUGGCUAAGAUUAAUGGACAAAAGUACAAACGACUUGUAUCUGGGAUGAUGGACAAACCCUGUGCAAUUGCUGUUGAUCCCAACAGAGGAAUGAUGUACUGGACAGACUAUGGUAAACAGCCCAAAAUAGAGCAAUCUGCCAUGGAUGGAACUUUGCGAAGAAUUCUCAUACAUAAGGACCUACAAUGGCCUACAGGACUGGCCCUUGAUCAUUUCAAUCAACGUUUAUACUGGGCAGAUGCCAAGCUUUCAAUUGUUGGCAGUGUCCGGUUUGAUGGCAGUAAUUCUGUUGUUGUUGCCAGCAUUAAACAAGGUAUCAUAAGUCCAUUCAGUAUUGAUGUCUUUGAAGAUUAUAUUUAUGGAGUGACGCACACCAACAGUCGUGUUUUUAAAGUUCACAAAUUUGGAUACACUCAUCUUGAAUAUUUGGUGUCAGGCCUCAAUGAUGCCUCAGCUACAGUGGUGUUCCAUCAGUACAAACAGCAAGACUUGCCAAAUCCUUGCAAUAAAAGGAACUGUGAUUGGCUUUGUUUGCUGAACCCUACUGGUGUAACAUGUUUGUGUCCAGAUGGAAAGAACAUGAUUAAUGGAACAUGCGUUGAUUUGGACUCUCCUACAGCACUACCUUAUGGAAGUACCUGUAAUCUAGUCUGUAUGAAUGGAGGAACUUGUUUUGUAAAUGAACGAGAUCAGCCAAAAUGCAAGUGCAAGCCUCGUUAUGCAGGACAGGAAUGCGAAAUGGAUCAGUGCAAAGGCUAUUGUCAAAAUGGAGGAAUCUGUUCAGCAUCAACAUUAGGAAAGCCAGCUUGUCGCUGUCCAAUAGGAUUCACUGGUCCGACUUGUAAGAAGAGAGUUUGCGACAGCUUCUGUCUUAAUGAAGGCAUUUGUGAUGUGAACACAGGAAAUCAGCCUUAUUGUUACUGUCUACCAGAUUUCACAGGGGACAGAUGUCAAUACAAUGUAUGCCAUAAUUACUGCAUGAAUUUAGGUACCUGCAAAAUUAACAAUGAUGGCAGUGCUCAAUGCCUCUGCUUACCACAAUUUGAAGGACCAAAAUGUGAAGUAGAUAAAUGUGCUGUUUGCCACAGUGGCGAGUGUAUUGUGAACAAAGAGACUCGACAGGUUACCUGCAAUUGCACAAACGGAAGGAUUGCAUCCAGCUGCCUGUCUUGUGAUGGAUACUGUUACAAUGGUGGCACUUGCCAGCUGGGCCCACACUCUGAAGUGCCCACGUGUGUAUGUACAGUGGGGUUUAAAAGUGAUCGAUGUGACCAGAAAAUGAACCUUUGUGAUUACUACUGUCAAAAUGGCGGGGUUUGCACUUUAACUGCACUUAAUGAGCCUCAGUGCAAGUGUUCUGAUGAAUGGUCGGGUACACAGUGUGAAAGACCAGCUCCCAAGAGCAGCAAAACUGAGAAUACCACAGGGAGAAACAUCACUUUUAUUGUACCACUCGUUAUCCUAGUUUUUCUGAUUAUUGCAGUCGUCGUUGGAAUAAUCAUCUUCAAAAGAAGACAACGUGUGAAAAUUGUACGAAGGCACCCACUGACGAAUGGAGGCAUGAAUGUGGAAAUCGGAAAUCCAACGUACAACAUGUAUGAAGUUGACCGCAACCAUGAAAAUUCUGGAGGUUUGCUGGAUCCAGAUUUUACAUUAGAUUCGGAAAAGCCGACAAAUUACUCAAAUCCUGUUUAUGCAAAACUGUACUUGGAUGCUUCAAACUGCCGGAAUUCCUUAGUCAGCACAGAGGAAAAGAAAGAACUUCUUCCAAAGAAACUAGCAGAUGGCCAGCGGGAGACUGUUGCUUAGAUAACCCUUUAGUCUUGUAUCUUUUUUAAACACUGUAUAAAUGUAUAAAGAAAGGAUUAAUUUUUCUAUGUAAUGACAGUGUUCUGAUUAUAUUUUUUUGCAUCAGCACUUAGCUGUGUUUUUGCGCUGAAGAUUCUUGACUGACCCUUAGUCCAACAUUUCUGUUUAGUGGACUGGGAAAGCCACCUGCACUAAACCACAUAAAACAAAGCUGCUGAUUGCAUUUCCCAGUGUAUUGAUCCUGUACUUGGAAAAACCACGUCAAUUUUUUUUUCACUUGUAUACAAGUUCUGUUUUUGGUGGAAGUACAGCACAUUUGACAAUCUCCACUGCAACAAUUUCAACUAAUGAAUAAUUCUGAUUAUAAAUAUUUUUUGACCCUGUUGAUUUUCCCAUGACUGGUUUCAAUACCUGAUGUCUUUGGGAGAGAAAAAUGACCUCAUUUGAAGCAGUUUUGAAAUUGAUGUGGUCAUUUCUUCAAAUAGUUAACCAACAAACAGCCAACUGAAACUUAAAUCAAACAUCAAAUUUCAGGGUCUGACUGAACUGCUGGUUUGGUUAUUAUUUAGCUCAUCAUUGUUUUUAUUUUAAAAUAAUAAUCUAUGCUUGAUGGGUUGCAUUUCAUUUUGUUUGUGUAGAAGAGAAGGAGAUUUUGAUAUGUUUCUAUUAUACCUGGCUUGGUUUGAGUAAAUAAAAUGUUGCAUAUUCUAAUCAAAUGUCUAAACUGAUCCUGUGAAUUCCUGCAAUUGGAAAAAAAAAUGUUAAGUUUCAAAGUUGUUAACUCACAUAUCGGCCCAAAAAUUGCUGUGAAAGAUCAACAAAUUGUGUGGGCAAUGAAAUAGGCUAAAUCAAUUUAGUGUUGAUUAUAUAUGACCAUGGUACUGGGCCCCCAGCAGGGCAAGUAACUGUGCAUCCCCUCGGCUAAUCAGAUUAGACUACUGCAAAUUUAACAGAACAAACAUUAAGGAGGAAGAUUAUGUUUGAACAGUAAAGAGAGGGAAUGAAAAAUUAGGAUAGAUAAUUAAAAACACUCUCAAAUGAUAAUUAAAGCAUGAAGGAAUCUGAAAUAACUCCAAGGAGGCAGGUAUCCUAUCACUGAGUCACCUUUUUAUUUCUAUCUAAGAUGACAAUAAAUUGAAUUCUAAUUUGAAUUUUUUUUAUUUACACAUGCAAAGCUUGCUCAGAGCCGAUCCCUAGAAUGAGGAGAAGCUCUGAACCUCCAGUUUAUAUCUGUCAGCCAAGGCUCCCUGAUUGGUCCAUAUUAAUAACUCCAAUCAAGCAACUCAUAGGCAAUGAGAUCCACCUGGCCCUCAUUCUAAUCAUGACAGAAUCAGAUUCCAAUUUUCAGUGCUAGAAAGGUUAACUACCAAUAAUGAACACAUAUCAUGUUGUUUAACUAAGAAUGUGGACUUGAAAUUACCUAACUUUUUAAGACGUAUUCACUUGAUAACCACACAAGUACAGAAACUUCACCAUUCUACGUUCCAUUGAAUAAGUAGCUAGACUUUAUGAUGAUGUUUUCACAAAGAUAACAGGGAAUGGAACACCAUCUGCAAGUUCCCCUCCAAGGUACACAUUGCCCUAACUUGGAAGGAUAUCACUGAACCUUCAAAGUCAUGAGAUGAAAAUCCUGGAAGUCCCUUCCCAGCAGCACUGAGACAAUACCAACAGCGCAUUGACUGUUGAAUUUCAAGAAAGAAUCCUACGAUUUUUUUCUCCAGGACAAUGGGCAGCAAAAGCUGACCUAGCCAGCAGUGUUGACAUCCUGUUUAAAGUAGAAAAAUAUUCCAGUACCAACUUCUGGAUUUCUACACUUAAUUGUGCAACAUGCUCACCAAAAUUUACUGUGACAUGUGUAUUAGUAGUGGUGAACAACCUAAGCCUCAUUAUUUUGACAGCAAUUUUUGGGCCAUGAUAUUCUUUUAUUUGUUAUUUUAACAAGAAAUAUUAUCAACUUGGUUAUGUUAUAUGGAUUAAUGUAUGUUAAAAUUUCAGACAGCAAUUUUACUCAAGUAUCCAACAAUUAAUAUUGCAAAGUACAAUUUCACCCUACAGCUAUUUCAAUAACCCUGGCCAGAGAUAAAAAUAAUUCGAGGACAGGGAGUUAAAUGUGUCUCAAUUUUCAACAGACUUCUGAAGUUGUCAAAACCAAUCACUCUUAGGGACCAUUGAAUGUGUUCAUAUUUGGGUUAAAUUAGAGUUUGCACUUUCUGUCAGAUGAAAUUUGUUGUGCUUACUAGGAAAUCUGAUACAAAACCUAGGCGUGCUAAUUUAAUCAAGAUAAUGUGGGGUAAUGAAGUUGAUAUUGAUGAUUGGUCAUAACCUUGUGAAUGGCAAAAUGGACCCAAGAGUCCGGAUAGUCUUCUAAGCAUAUAAUCUAUGGCAUUUAGCAAUUUUGACCACUGCUACCUGUUUCAGACAAGCACCAUAUUCUGUAAUUCUGUUGUAUUCAUCUGAUUCAAUGAUUCAAAAUAAAUAAUGACAAAACUUAGAACAUAUAAGCAACAUUGGAACUUCAGGUGUAUUCAAAGAAGGUGAACAAAUGUAAUGUACAAGAACAAUUUUUGAUGUUAAGGGAAACAUCAUGUUGCUGAAUGGCAGUGUGAAAUUUGCAAUAUCUACUGAUACUAAAAAUUAGUUAAUUAAUUAAUAAUUGCAUUUUUAUGUUAGAUCUUAACUAUUGUAACGUUGCCUGACUGGUUGGGCAUGACAAUAAUUACAAUUCAGUUAAAUAGUGCAGAAUAUUUUAAUUUGAUCUUCAGGUUUUUUUUAAGUUGUAAGGACCAAAGGUUUGCCGAGGAAGAAAAUCUUGCCAAAGUUUCUAAAUGUAUGAAAACUUUAGUUGCUACAAUGCAUGUUUCAGCAGUAAGAGGUAUCAUUUGUGCAAAUUGACUUACAAAUUCUCUCUGUGCUGUAAAGUAUAACAGAAAUUAAAAUCUGGUAAACUAGUUUUUUUAUGGUAUUUGGUAGCAUAGUUCUAAUGUACAUUCAAACAUUGCAUCAGCCUGGUGCUUUUUUGUAAUUGGAAAGUUCUAUGAGAUAGACCAAGGUAAGCAUCUUUUUGUUUUAACCUAAUGGGCCACCCUUUACAAUAAUUUAUGACAGCAUUAUUAUUAAUGUCUUCACAUCUGAGACCUGGAGAACAUUAAUGCUAAUUAAUACAUUUCAUAUUGCUUUUUCAUUCAAAAAAAAAGCAUUUGUACUUCUUUCAUGUUAUUCCUAUGUUUGAAAGUGUUUCAGUUCUCCCUGCUUGUCACAGUGCAAGGGACAGAACCAUGUUUCCCAACUCAAAGUAGCUGGAUAUCUCGGACCAUGCGUAAUUUAAUAGCUUACCACAUCAACAUUCUUAUUUUAACAGCAACCUAAGAAUUAUUUUAAGCUUAUAAUUACGUUCAUACCCCGUCUUUGACUUCCCUCUAUCAUAACAUUUUUAUUUCCUUCUACCCCUAUGGUGCCAAAAUUCCUAUACCUAUCUGAAGUCUUCACCAUUCAUUGUUAGAGCGUCAGAGUCAUACAGCAUGGAAACAGACCCUUUGGUCCAACCAGUCCAUGUCAGCCAUGUUCCCAAACUAAACUAUUUACACCUACCUGCACUUGGCAAAUAUCAUUCCAAUCUUUUCCUAUUAAUUUGUUGACACAGCCACUGAUUUUUAAAUAAUUUGAUGAAAUUGUGAAAUCAUGCCAGUUUGCUUACUUCACAUAAGAUUUAGAAAUUUCCAACUGUGUCUUCUAGUUGUGCCCAAUUUGAUGUUGCUGUGCCUUUACUAUCUCCAACAAUGAGAAGAGAAAUAUAACCCCUGAGAACAAGCUGGAAAUUAGCUUUGAUGCUUAAUUAUGGGAAUGGAUGAGCAGUGUACUUCCUGUUGCUCAUCAAAAUAACCUGACAUAUAUUUGACAUGUAUCCAUUUCCACAAUCUUCAGAUUUCUCACCCUGUGGUUUGACGGCAUUCCUUACACGGACAUACAGCCACCACCUUUUGUCUCAUGGUCAGCCAACGCCCAUUCCCAUGAUCAGCAUUUGAUCUUCAUAAUCACAAUAAAUUCAGGUCAACCAGUUAUAUAUAGCUCCGUCAGUGCUGCCUCUUCAAGUCCCCGCAGUGGCCUUUUACCCCAUGUCUUGAACAUCUUACUAAAGGCCAACCUUUCAAUCUAUCUGGUUCUCAGCUUGGAACAGAAAAGAAAUAUGUUUCAUUAAAUUCAGCAAAACCGUUGCUUUUCCUGGCCUUUCCAGUUUUCCCAGCAGUUACGAGAUUUUCCUCCCUCCUUAGUGCCUUAAUCAUGAUUAAAGCAUUGUAGAAAUAACUAUCCCAGGGCUUCAAACUGCAGUUGUCAUUUAACACAGUUCACUUAUUCAUGUUAUCAGCUAGGUAUUCCUGCCAGAAACAUUAAAGCUUUUGAUUAAAGACACUAGUUUUAAUAUUAUAUAUGUUGUCUAUCUUUACUUUGACAAGAUUGGCAAGAUUAAUUGGUUCCAGUAUAUGGAGAGAAAACACAAUGAUAUUGGGUCACUUUGACCUUGUGGUCAGAAAACAAACAGUUUGGUCAUUUCUCAAGAUUUUAAGAAGCCUGCUGCAAUAAUCAACCAAUAUACAAUGUCAGCAAAUGGGAAAAUAAGUAUUUGCUGUAGAUCAUUGUGUGCUUCAGUGGUUCAAAGUAUAUAUGCAGCUUCAAAAUUCAUCUCUUUUAUGCUCUAGGCAAACUCAAGCAGCUUACUUCUGACUGUAAUUAUUCAUUUUCAUUACUCAUUGUCAGUACUUCCUAUUACCGAUGCUAUUUGCCAGAUCCAAAUAGCUCAAUAUUCACCUGUGGGAAAUUUCUUUGUCGUCAUUGGUGGCACAGUAAAAAAUACAACUUAGUAAAUUAAAGCAAUGAAUUCAUUGUAAACAACCACCAAAGUUUAAUUGAACGGUUUGUUUUGUUACUCAGUCAUUUUGACAAAUUGAAAGAAAGAUUUACAUUUAUAUAGCAUUUCCAUGGCAACCAGAUGGCUCCAAGUGCUUUGCAGUCAAUGAAGUAAUUCUUGAAAUGUAGCCACUUUUGUAAAACACAGCUAGGUCCAAAAUGCCAGCUUUCCUGCUCCUGAGAUGCUGCUUGGCCUGCUGUGUUCAUCCAGCUCCACACCUUGUUAUCUCUUUACUUACUCACCUAAUCUUUGAAAGAUAAUUUGUCACCUAGACCAAUCUUUCCAAUGUUUCUGCAUUACUUUGUUUUUCAGCAGUGGGUGGCCUUCCUUGGGGCUCAUCUACUUCUCAUUCUCAUAUCUCAUCUUCUUGAUGUGUCAGUCGAGCUUCCAAUUGUACCUUAAUCAUCACAUCCAAUUUUCAUCCCAUCUUUUUCCCUGUCACCAUCUCACUAUUUCCUAACUGUGUUUCAACUUUACAAAUGAUUGUUUGGCGGGAAAUACAAGAGUUAGAAAUAUUGUCGGAGAACAAGUGACAAUUACCAAGAAAGAUUCAACUGUACCUUAUGUAGUGAGAAAAUGAUAAAGAUUCAAAAAAUUGAAAAUAUGAUAAAGAAGAAAGAUUGUUACACUAAGGAAAUUAAGAAGCAACAUUGAAUAAAUAAGAUUGUGAAGUACUGGAAGCACAGAAAUUGUAGCACAGAAAGAACCAUUCGACCAUCAAAGGCCUUGAGUCUUUGCUUCAGUACCUAAUUGUGGCAAAGAAUUUUGUGUUCUGAUGCCUAUCCACAUGGAAUCACAGAAUUGUUAUGGCCUAGAAAGAGGCCAUUUGGCCCAUUAUAUCUGGGACCAAUAGACACGUUAACAUUCUCCCUUUCAAAUUUCCAUUUAAUUCCUUUUGAAUACCUCCACCUCCACCAUACUCCCAUACAGCGCAUUCCUGAUCCUAACAACUUGCUACAUAGGGAAACUUAACAUUUUAUUCCUUUCUCUACUUUUAAUAAUGACUUUAAAUCUGCGUCCUCUUAUUCUCACUCCUUUCAUGAAUGUAAGCAUUUUCCACCUGUUUACUUUGUCCAACCCCUCAUGAUUUUGAAUGCUUUAACCAAAUCCCUCUCUCAGCAUUCUUUUCUCCAAGAAGAGCAGACACAGUAUUUCCAAAGUACAUUCAAAACUGAAAUGAAAAUAUUCUUCCAAAUUCUGCAUUUGUCUUCCACUGAUAAUCCCCACUCUGCAUCAAUAGUUUUACAACCAUCAGGUUGUAUUGAGCAGACAACCCAGAAACAAGUUGUUUAGUUCAAUUGGUUUAUGCUAGUGUUUAAAGUCCACAUGGAUCCCCUACUACCCUUCUUCAUCAAACCAUAUCAUUGUUACCUAUUCCUUUCCUCUCAUGUGUUUAUCUAACUUUGUCGUAACGCAUGCUUUCUGUCUUUCUCAAAUACACAUUAAGUGUGUUUCAUAUUGCUACCAUUUUAGGUAAAGAAGUUUCUCCUUACUUCCCAUUGGACUUAGUCAGAUAGACAUUUACCUCAGGCAAGGGUGUAAAGUGGUGAAUAUACUAUAAACUACCCAUUUGUAGGCUUGCUUGAUCUGAAUUGCAUUGACUUCGAUGGAACUAAAUAUCUAGUGCUGUGUAUAGUAGGUAACCAAUAUGAUAUUGCCCACUUACAUCACCAUCUGAGAUUACCUUCUAGCCUAAGUUAAUUAACAUAUUUUUGGCAGGGAUAAUAGGAACUGCAGAUGCUGGAGAAUCUGAGAUAACAAGGUGUAGAG